GCUGCUGCAGCAGUGGAGGACCGGCGUGUGAAGAAACGCAAGCUCAAGAAGGCGAACAAGGGCGAGAUCCCGGAGGAGGGCACGCCUAAGGAGCCCAAAGGCGAUGAUGAUCAUGAUCGCAAGGCCGGGAAAGGACAGCCGAAGCGCAAGCGUGUCAACAAGCUGCUUAAAGGAGGAGGCCCGUGUGCUUCCCCCCCAGCCGCUGCCAAGGCCAAGAACUCCAAGCCACCCAAGGACCCGCCAGCAUCAGCGAAACGACGAGUGCUCACCCCGAGGAAGAAAAGCAAGAAGCUCAACGAGGCACACAAGGUCUUGGAGAGUCUAAGGGCUCAUGAGGCAGAACUGCCCGGCCUUCUCAUCCCCGCAGCGGAGAAUCUGCACAGGAGCUACACCGUGUACCACCAGGGUCCGGAGGGCAAGGUUGUGCGUCGUGGUGCCAAUGGCACCAAAGCUGGGACCAGCUCCAUAGGAGUGAUCUUGGUUGCCUCCUCUUUCUAUGUGAAGCAGGUUCUUGUGGCGAAGCCGACAGGGCCGAUCAGCAUGGAUGGUAAAGGUGGUGCAACGGUGCCGUGGCAUGCGUUUGAUGCUGGCCUGCCCGCGGCGCAAGGCUACGACCGUGGAAGAGACCCAGUCAUGGAGGACCUUGGCAACAACCAAGGGUUUAUGCGGGCCUUGGCUCUGGUGCUGCGGUUGAAGCCAGGGGGACUUCUCUUUGCAGGUCUCCCAUGCAAUUCAUUUGCAUUUAUGUCAAAGGGCUCUCACAAGAGGACAUUGGAUAAUCCCAUGGGCGCCAACCACCCAUUUGUGAUUACUGGAAAUCUGCUCGCCUCUAGGGCAUGCCUGCUGUUCCUCGUGGCCUUGAUCCGGUCAACCUGUUGGGCCCUGGAAAACCCUGCCCGUUCCACUGUACCUAUGUUUCCUUACUUGGAGAAGAUGAUGGGCCUGCCUCUGUUCCGUCAUGCAUCAGUUUUCUGGUGGUGUCCUCAAUUGUUGUAUCUCAGCAGUUGUAGUGGUAUCCCCCAUAAUUAUAAUAAUAAACUGUGCUAA